AGAGGCCGGCAGCAAUCACAGCGUGUUACGCCGAGCUAUGUACGGCCGUGACCCAGCCAGGAGCUCCAUUGCGUCACCCUCAUAGGAAGCAGGCUGGGCGCGGUUAUGUGGGGGGCAGGACGAAACAUUAGGCGUGGUCAUUGGGUGCGCUCGCAGUGGAGGGUGUGGCCAGCGAUUGCGCCUGCCGUUGUGGGCGGGGUUAGGCGGGUUCCGCUGUCUCUAGUCGUCUGAGGUCGGCGCUCCGGGCGGUGUAUAGCCGGGGAAGGGAGCGCCUGGUCAGCGGCACACCUCGAACACAGACCCGGCUCUGCCUUCAGGUGAUCCUGUGAAUUUGUAAGAGGGGAAGAUUUGAUGUGGCGAAGUGCCAUCCAGACUAGAAGAUGACAACAGAAGAGGUGCUUGUGGUUGCGAAGUUUGACUAUGUGGCCCAGCAAGAUCAGGAACUUGAUAUAAAAAAGAACGAGCGACUUCUGCUCCUGGACGACUCAAAAUCCUGGUGGCGUGUCCGAAAUUCCAUGAACAAAACUGGCUUUGUGCCUUCUAAUUAUGUAGAGCGAAAGAACAGCGCCCGGAAGGCCUCCAUUGUGAAAAACUUGAAGGAUACAUUGGGUAUUGGGAAGGUGAAAAGGAAACCGAACAUGCCGGAUUCCUCUUCUACAGCCGAUGAAAGCUUCUCCGACACUGAGCGCCUGUAUGACCUUAACAUGCCAGCUUACGUGAAAUUCACAUACACGGCGGAGAGGGAUGAUGAGCUGUCCUUGGUGAAAGGCACAAAGGUGAUUGUAAUGGAAAAGUGCAGUGACGGCUGGUGGCGGGGUAGUUACAAUGGACGCGUAGGCUGGUUCCCGUCAAACUAUGUUACUGAAGAGAGCGAUAGCCCUUCUGGUGACCAAGUGAGCACGCUUUCGGAAAAACUGGCCGCCGUGGUCAACAAUCUGAAUAAUGGUCGCUCGCUCCAUGUCGUCCAGGCUCUGUAUCCAUUUAGCUCGACCAAUGAGGAAGAACUCAAUUUUGAGAAGGGUGAAAUGAUGGAUGUUAUUGAGAAGCCAGAGAACGAUCCCGAGUGGUGGAAGUGCCGGAAGAGCAAUGGUCUUGUAGGCCUGGUGCCAAAGAACUACGUCACUAUAAUGCAGAACUUUCAGCCAAGCUCAGGUUAUGAGCCACUGCCGCCACGCUGUGACUACAUUGGACCCUCUGUCUCUGGACGCUUUGCCGGCAACCAGUGGUAUUAUGGAAAGGUAACACGACACCAGGCAGAAAUGGCACUCAACGAGCGAGGAAAUGAAGGGGACUUCCUAAUUAGAGACAGUGAGUCUUCGCCAAAUGAUUUCUCUGUGUCAUUGAAAGCCCAAGGGAAGAACAAGCAUUUCAAAGUACAGAUGAAAGACAAUGUGUACUGCAUUGGCCAGCGCAGGUUUACCACCAUGGAGGAGUUGGUAGAACAUUACAAAAAGGCCCCAAUUUUUACCAGCGAGCAGGGCGAGAAACUCUAUCUAAUCAAGCCUUUGUCAUGAGGAAGCUGUCUGAGAAGUAGGGGUUGACGGAACUCCUCCAGGUUAGGUGCUUUCACUGAAUGACUGAACACCACAGAAUAGAACCAAAGGCAUCUCCUGGCCCUGCUGAGAAGGACAUGUUCUGUACCGUUACUUUCCUCAUUAUUCAUUGGAUUAUACUCCCUUUUUCAUGUCCUUUUCUAUUUACAGUACUAUCUACAUUUCCAACCUUGCGCGUACCCUUCUAUUAUUUUCUUUCUCUACAUUCUGCCUUACUAUUGUAACAUAUCAGAGACUGAGAAAUGUGUAACCUCUGCAUUUGGGGGUCUGAGCAAUGUGAUUGUGGUUUUCCCCCAACCCUAACCGAACGAGGAUCACAUCGGAUGACAACACACCACAUAUCACAUCCUCAUGCUGCUUUUUGUUACGUCCACUCUGUGCUUUAGACUAUGAAUUUUAUUGGGCAUCCUCAACCUGGAUGGAGUGCUGUCUUCACUGUGGAAUAUACCCAUGUCUUCUGCCCCGGUCGCCACGUAUCAGACUGGCACUGCGUGUAAUCAUUGUUUCUUCAUUUGUUAUUUCCUUGUUCGUAUCCAAAACAUUUCAUAUUUAUUUGUUUACAAAGCAUUGACUGCCUUCCGGGUCAGUUACUAGUUACAAUAUUUAAUGCACCCAUAUACCAGGUCUGAGUACCUCUCUCUGUAUCUUGCCCUAGUUAGAGGCUAUUUCUGAUGAGCAGAUGUCUAAUUCACAAUGCUGUGAAUCACUUUCCAUUCGCUGUUAUAUCAAUGUUUGUGUUUUUUUUUUAAAUAUAUAUAUGUGAGCUCUUUAAAAAUAGUCUCUGCAACUUGUGGCACCCCCAAAUGAUGGUGAUCUAUGAUCCCCAUUCUCCUGUGCUGGUGGAUGGGAGUGUUUAUUACUAGUAAGCCACCUCUGAUACAGCACCUUUUUUCCCUUUCGCCAGCAGUGUCAGAAUCCAGAAGAAAAAAAACCUUCACGUGCAGAAGUGUUAAUUAUGUUACCUUGCAUUGUUUUUCCAGGAGGAAGGGAUAUUUCUUUCCACUUUUUUAAUGGUCUUUUUAUGUGUGCCAAAGCCUUUAGUUAAUUGAAAUAUUUUCCCAUAGUGGGGGACACUAACAAAUCUAGGUACAUAAGUCAAAUAUUUCAUUAAAAAUAAAAUCACUUUAAUACUAAUCAGAAUUACUGUUGCUAUUAGAAUAUAUUUACCUGUAAAUCUUAUUUGCAUACAUUACAGUUACGCAUAGCAAUGGCUGCAGUUAGUAGUUAUAUGGUGUCUUAAUCGCCAGCUGUGACGAUAAUGCCACAAAUGUAAUUCAUCUUAUUUUAGCUUACCGGUGUCGCAGAGGUGUACACGUAUUACAUGUGUGCUGCCAUCCCUCGUAUGUAAUACAAGGUACAUGUCUCUCGAUCAGAAGGGCAACUCAUCACUACUUCCUGUGUGUGAACAACUGCAACACCAAAGACUCAAAAUCUUAUUGUCCUUACACCAACCGUCAUAAAGGUUUGAAGCACUUUGGGAGAGAUGACUUGAAGAAAGAUAAAGUACCAGCCAAUCAGCUUUUAACUAACAUUACAGGCUGUGUUUGUAAAAUUACCGGAGCUGAUUGGUUAGUACUAUAGGGUCUAUUCAUGAAGCAGUGAAAAGGGUGGAAAAGUGAGCCAGUGGAGAAUCAGCAUUGAACUAACAUUUAUAAUUUUCAUAUUAUGUAAUUGUACGGAGCAGCUGAUUGGUUGCUUCUCCAUAGGCUCACUUCUCCACUAUUUUCACUGCUUUAUGAAUAGACCCCUAUAUCUCUCUCCAAGCUUUGAUAUAGCUCCCCCCUUUGUGCCGUAUGCCUCAGUGUCAUGUCACUUGUUCCUAGUAAACGGAACUUCUAGUUAUUCAUUCAGUCAACGAUAUUGCUGUCUCCACUGUGUAGAGGACUGUGGGGGGAGAUUUAUCAAACUUUGUAGAAAGGACAGUUGGAGGUGUUGCCUAUUACAACCAAUCAGAUUUUAGCUAUCCUUUAUCUAGUACAUUUUUGUAAAUUGAUAACUUGAAUUUGAUUGAAUGCUUUGGGCGACACCUCCACUUAUGCUCUUUACAUUGUUUGAUGAAUGUUUCCGUGUGUCCCUUUUUGCAAUACUAAUACUAGUGGUCAUUGGGCUUGGCCUACAUUGCUGGAUGGCCUAUUAAUACUGGUCUUUGAUGAGGAUUUCUUUACAUUGCCCACCAAGCACUGUUCUUGCAGUAGUCCUCAUCUGUUUCCUAAUCCCGUUUUAUAAGCUAAAUGUAUUCACUUUACUCUAAAACUUAAUCCAGAUCAUUAGGUUUAGUUCUGUUUAAGACUUGCCCUUCAGUCAAGACAUUUAGCAGAUGAGAAUGUCUUUGCAAUAUCUACCAUAUGACUUAACUAAAAGACCAAAACCUAUUCUCACUUUUGAUAGUAUUAGUUAAGGCAAUAUAUUGCAUGACCGUUCAUUGGAGGUGCAGCUCUCCUUGGGUUUUAAAUUAAAUAUAUGAAACGGAUUUAUUCAAACAAAAGAAUAAACUUUUAUACUGAGAGAAGUCUGGUUAUUUAUUAUUUCAUAUAUGCAUGGCUGUUGACCCUGAAAAGUGCGCCUAUUGUCUGUAUACAGUAGAGGCAGAUAUUUUGUAGCAUUUUCCAUCCCAAUGAGAAUGUAACCAAUCAAAUUCCUCUGAUCCAAUGACAUCACUGAUUCAAAACCCUUUGUGCUUCAGUAAUGUCUCUGCUUACCAAUAAAACUAUAUCCUGUAUUGUGUACAAAUGGCUUUCUCCAAUGCAGGAAAUUGGAUACCACAAAAUGGCUGCCUCCAGACUCUAUGUAGGCAUCAAAUCUUACUGAAGGGUAGCUAAUCAUUAAGGCUGAACUGUGAUGGGUCCAACCUUGAGCUUUAUAUUUUAAACUAAACAAGGGGCACUGCACCUUUAUUUCAUUGUUGGAAUUUCUGAGCCCUUAUAAGCUACUCGUUACUCAGCUGAUGUUUUCUUUGCAAAGAAUAUACUAUUUGAGAUGUUCCAUAUCAUCGGUGUGUGUUUGUAUCUCAACGGAGUGUGUUAUGGACAAUACAAUGUGUAAAUACUGUACUCUCACUUGUCUCAGUCUCUUAGGGUUGGCAUUAUGAAGAUCUGUACACAUACAGACCUGGUUACCAAUAGGCAAGCUUUCAUGACUAUAAAUGCUUCAUUACAUAAUAGCUGGAUAUAUAGAGUAAUCCCUCACUCCUGGCAGAUGGAAGUAGGGCAGCUCAAGUGGUAGAUUUCUCACGCUCCGUAUUCCCCGUUGCCUUGCCGGUGAGCACCAGUUUAUGUACAGUACCACUGACGAGUACAGCUGCUCCUGAGCCAGAAGGGAUCCCAGGUGACUUCUGUGCAGUGUCAUAUAGUUGUUAUAAAAUAUUAUACAUUGAAGGAUAUGACAUGAAAAGCCUUCUGUGAAUAAAAAUGUGUAUACAAAACCUAA